UUUUGGGAUUAGCGGUCGGAGGAUCGAGCCUCCAACACUCCUUGCACUGAAUGACCCACACAGGUUUAGCUCCUCAUGGUGGUGACGAUGGGUGGUGCGAGGAACUCAGAGCAGGUUCUCUUGAAUAUAGACCAUGUGCAGCAGCGGCAUACUUGGGACUGUGGUCUGGCAUGUAUCAUGAUGGUUUUAUCACCACAAAGUCGCACUAGAUUCUCAGCCAGGCUAUAUCAGAUAUGCCAGGAAGAAGGCUUUGACAAAAGUACGUGGAGUAUUGACCUGGCAUACUUGCUUCAGAGAUUUGGUAUCAAGCAUCGGUACAUGACGGUAACUUUGGGUGUUGACCCAGGCUUCUCCACUGAGAGUUUUUAUGACCAUGUGCUCAGCAAGGAUGCGCAGAGAGUGCUGGAUCGUUUUAGAGAAGCUGGUAACCAAGGGGUGGUUGUGGAACAAGGAGCUGUCACACUCAACAACGUUAUUUCCCAUCUCCGUGAGGAAGGUCCGGUUAUCUUGCUCACUAAUGCUCAUCUUCUAAUCUGCAUAAGUACCAGUCGAUACUCAGAAGGACAUUGGAAAAAAAAUUGGAGGUUUAUCUGCUACUAUGAACAUGUAUUGUGCGUAUUUGAUAGUGAUGAGCUAGGAAAGUUGUUGCCAACAUAUGUAAUAAGACUUGAAUCCUCUUCUGGAAGUGGUAAUGGGAAAAUCACUCACAUCAAGGUCUCAAAAUAUAUUAAUAAAUUAUAUUUUCAAAGUACAUAAUUGUUACAAAAUUAGGUUACAUUUCAAACAUUUUGAAAAGCCUGUAUUUUGCAGAGCAUUUCUGGCAGAUUAAAACUGGACCUUAUAACUGUGUGAUGUUGUAUGAUUAAGAUUACAUUAUUUGAAUAAUUACUUUAAUUAAGUUGUAUGAAGACUAUUAUUAUAUUUAUGCAAAGUACGUAUACCAAAUCUGUGUGGAUCAUUCAGCACGGGGAGUAGUGGAGGAUCAAUCCUCCAGUUGCCAAGAGAAGCUGAAAGUGUGUAUAUGUAUGGGGGUAAGAUUAUUAUAAAGUAAUAAUUAAUUUAAUUAACAACAAAUCUGUACAGUAUAUUAAAACACCAAUGUUAAUAUGAAGAGAUAGUAUUACAUAACUGUAUUGACAAUUUUAGCUGUAAUAAUUAUUGUUUGGGUAGAAAUAUAGUAGCAACAGUAAGUUCAAGUAUGAAUUUUGUGUGGAAUCUUAGAUAAGCAAGAGUUGCAUUACAUUUACAUAUAUUUGUUAUUCAUAUUUGAUCUAUGUAAAUUUACAAUAAAUUCAAGAGUUGUUUUGUCACUAUUGAAGCAGCUGGCAGAUAGGGAACCUUCAGAAUCUUUUGGUAAAGAGUUCCAUAUUUUUGGAUGUUUAUCACAUGGAGUUUCUACUCAGGUUAAAUUAGACAUGUAGGAUAUCAGAUAUAUGUUUCUUAUGUUGUGUGUCUGCAUUCUGUUGCAGCUUUUCAGGCAGAGUUUUAGGAUUUGGUCAAAAUUUGUGGUGCAUAUAUGCAUAUGUUCUUACAUAUAUGCAUACAUACUGUAUAGUAUGCACAGUAGCAAGUGUGGAUAUUUUAUAUAUUGAAUAAAUUUAUACUAUUGAAUAGUAGGGGUGUGUAUGUGUUGUCUGGAACCAGAUUAAAUGAUCAUUCUAAUAAUAGGUUGUUGUUGAGUUGUGGUAUGUUUUAAGUGAUUUGGUGUUGUAGAUCCCAAUACACAUAUACCAUAAGUGAGGUAAGGAUAGAUUAGAGCAUAGUACAGGGUGAGUAAUGUUUGAGGUACAUAGUAUUGUAUUUUAGAAAGAAUGCUCAGUUUUUAGUUAUCCUCAUAGAUAUGCACUGGAUGCAAGUGUUGAACAGUGGGGUAAAGGCACUAUGUUGUAGGAAAAGUUUUAUUACUUCUACAACAUUUUAUCCAGGGCUGAAACUUAUCAGUACAGUAUAAAAAAAAUGCAGAUACACAGCCUUGUAAGGUACCUUGAGGUCAGGCUUAAGAGAGGUCAAAGGUGGGGUAAAGGGAAGACUCAGGGAUAAGGCAGGAGUUGAUGUGAGGGGCCAAAGAUGGGUAACAUUCUUAAUACUGUAUGUAUAAGAAUCAUGGGUGAUGUAAGGGAUGGAUCCAAUCAUUGCUCUGCCCAGUGGUCUCAGUCAGAUGAAAGAUAGUUGCCUCUAGGAUCCUGUACUUGGUUCUGUCCGCUUGAAGCAGCUGCUGCGUUGCUCCUCCAGUUCAUGACAUGGGAGUGUAGACUCCAGUAGAAGAUGCAUGUAUGGUUGCCAUCAUCCAUCCUGCAUAUGUAUUUGUGUUCUUGAAGGGAAGUCCAAAGAUCACACCCAGUUUUGUGAGUGUAAACCAACAUGCAACCCCACAUGGAAUACUGUAGACCUCAGCAGUGGUGGUGUUUAUGGGCAACCCAACAGAAAUCAGUAGUUACAAGGCAAGUUAAACAUUGCCCUGUAACUAUUGAUUUCUGUUGGGUCUCCACUUUUGUGGAUCAGCAUAACUUCAUGUGGGAGAUGAUCCUUGUUGAAUUGAGGGAGAUAAAUGUUAGCAUAUAUCUUCAGUAUCAACUGCUAAAGGGAGCCACUUCCAGUUUCUAAUAACUGAUGCAGUCUGUUAAAUCUUUAACAGAUGUAUUUGUGCAAAGUAAAAAAAAAAAAGCCAAGAAAAUGUGAAG